AUGGCUACCCCUAGUGUCCUAGCUUUUGACGCUGAGGGUCGCGCCAUUGAUUUUGAGGUCUGGUUAGACGACCUGCAGCUGUUCUUACAGUGCGACAGGGCUGACGACCUUUCUCUCUUUGAUCUCACCUCUGGCGCCUCUCCUGCUCCUGCUGCUGAUGCUGAUCCCGCUGUCCGCUCUAAGUGGGCCACCCGCGAUGCUGCUGCACGUCUUGCUGUGCGUCGCCACCUCCCUACCUCUGAGCGUGCGCACUUUAGUCAGUACAAGAGUGCUCAGACCUUGUACGACGCUGUAGUUGCGCGCUACUCCUCCCCUGCCACUGCUGCACUGAGCCGUCUCAUGCUUCCCUACCUCUUUCCUGACCUCUCUGCCUUUCCCACUGUCGCUGACCUCAUUACGCACCUCCGCACUAGUGACACUCGCUACCGCGCCGCCCUUCCUGCUGAGUUCUGCGCUAAGAACCCCCCCCCCAUGUACAUCGCUCUCUACUACGUAGUCGCGCGCCUCCCUGACUCCCUUCGCGUCGUCAGGGACCACUUUCUCGCAGUCUGUCCCACCACCCUCACCGUCGACCUCCUCGAGAAGGCCCUCCUUGCAGCGGAGAAGAGCAUAGUCGCUGUAGGUGCUUCUCGUGGUGACCCUCGCACCCCCAUCUUUGAGGGGUGCUCUCCUUCCCCCUUGCUGCCCUCUGUUGCCUCUGCUGCUGCUGCCGACCUGCUUGGUCUUGAGUCGGUCGGCGCGGCGUCUGCCCCUAGUGGGAGACGUCGCUCCAGCAAGGGCAAGGGGGGCAAGGGCGCGGGUGGAGCUGGAGGGGGGGGUGGCGGUGGCGGCGGUGGCGGCGGAGGGAGUGGGGGUGGCGGCGGGACUAGUGGCGGGGGUGGUGGUGGUGGUGGUGGCAGCAGCGGCGGAGACGGUGGUGGUGGUGCCAGCGGUGGUGGUGGAGGCAGCGGCGGAGGUGGAGGCGGCGGAGGUGGAGGCGGUGGAGGCGGCAGCGGAGGAGGCAGUGGUGGUGGAGGAGGUGGAGCUGGUCGGGGUGGUACCCAGCAGCGUAGCGGCGGUGGUGGUGGCCAGCGCUCGCACCGGCAGCAGCAGCAGCGCUCGCGGGACAUCCCUUCGCCUCAGCAGCUUCGUGAGUGGUACGCUGGGCGUCAGAGGGGUGGGGGUACUGGUCCCUGCACCUACGUUCUUCGUUCCGGCGACCGCGCGGGGGCUGGUGUAGCGAUCUUUGAUCUUGAUUUUGAUGCUAUCCUCACUGCUAUGUAUGUUGUGGAUUAUAGUGAGGAGAAUGAGGGUUACCGUUGUUUCCAGCCCGACCCGGGCAUUGGUACUGCUGCGCUAGGUGCUUGUGAGGCUGCUGCUCUAGGUGCCAGUGCGUCUGCGCUCUCAGGUACUGGUGAGACUGCGCUCUCAGUCUCCCUUGCUGACCCCUCUGGAGGUCCUGUCCUGUCUCACUUCUCCACUGUCCUCCCGUGUCCGGCUGCCCCUUCGGGCACCCUGUCGGGUCUGUACCUUCCCUCGUUCUCCACGAACUUGGUGAGUGGAGCGGACCUGCAGGAUGGGGGUGUUCACCAGUUCACUCCUGCGAGUCAGCGGGUGACCCACUGCACGGAGGCACGCACAGGCCGACACCUGGCCACGUUCUCGCGUCGGCCGGGGUCGAGUCUCUACCCCCUGACCGUUGAGUCUCCUCCUGUCCCUGCGUCUGGUCAGGUGGCUGCGUCGGGUCAGGUACUUGCUGCUGCGUCCCGGUCAGGUCCUGAGUCUGCCCCCUGUUCUUGUCGCCUCCUGUCUCACGAGACUCUCCUGUGGCACCACCGUCUUGGCCACCCCUCCUUGCCCCGUCUUCGGAGCAUGGCUUCCCGUGUCCUUGUCUCUGGUCUUCCCUUGUCUCUCCCUCCUCUCCCCUCCGGGCCAGGACCUUCCUGUGUCCCCUGUGUCGAGGGUCGCCUCCGGGCUACUCCUCACUCCUCCCACUUCCCCCCGACAGAGGCUCCCCUGCAGACGCUUCACAUGGAUGUGUGGGGCCCAGCCCCCGUCCGUGGGCAGGGUUACGAGCGCUACUUCCUGUUGGUGGUUGACGACUACUCGCGUUACACCACAGUCCUCCCCUUGCGCAGCAAGGGUGAGGUCACUGAGGUACUGAUCGACUGGAUCCGCGAGGCUCGUCUCCAGCUCAGGAAGAGCUUCGGCUCGGACUUUCCUGUUCUGCGUCUGCACUCUGACAGAGGCGGAGAGUUCUCUUCUCGCCUUCUCCGAGACUACUGUCGCGCACGGGGGAUCCGCCAGACCUUCACGCUUCCGGACUCACCACAGCAAAAUGGGAUUGCUGAGCGCCGCAUUGGCAUGGUCAUGGAUGUCGCUCCCUUGCUGUGGACGGGGAAGGUUGGCGAUGCGUCUGUGUUCCGUGUCUGGGGAUCUCGGGCGUUUGUCCGCGACUUGUCUGCGGACAAGCUGUCCCCUCGUGCUGCUCCCUGUGUCUUCCUUGGCUUCCCCACUGACGCCCCAGGGUGGCAGUUUUACCACCCCUCCUCUCGUCGUGUUCUGUCCUCCCAGGACGUCACGUUCGACGAGUCAGUCCCCUUCUACCGUCUCUUCCCCUACCGCACCCCUUCCCUCCCCCCUCCCCCGGACUUCCUUGUGCCGGUUCCCCCCCCGGUAGACCCCCUCCCCCCUCAGGUUCCUGCCCCCUCAGGUGUGUCCCAGGUAGACGCCGUUGACCCGGUCGAGGUUACUGGUGACUCUGGUGCUGCUGCGGGUGCCGAGCCUGGGGGUGCUGACUCUGGGGGUGCUGUGCGCGGGGGUGCUGAACCUAGGGGUGCUACUGCUGGGGGUGCUGGGCCUGAGGGUGCUACUGCGGAGGGUGCGGAGCCUGGGGGUGCUGAGCCGGGGGGUGCUGUGCCUGGAGGUGCUGGGUCUGGGGGUGCUGGGUCGGGAGCUGCUGAGCCUGGGGGUGCUGUGCUGGGAGCUGCUGAGCCUGGGGGUGCUGCGUCUGGAGCUGCUGAGCCUGGGGUUUCUCCUGCUGCUGCGUCUCGCCGGGAGCCCCUCUCUCCACAGGAGCUGCGCGAGUGGUUCGCUCGCCGCUGCAGACGUGCUUCUGCGUCUGGAGGUGCUGCUGGAGCUGGAGCUGGAGCUUCUUCGACCGUCGAGGGUGCGGGUGCUGCCGGUCCAGGAGCUGCUGGACCUGCGGGUCCUCCUGGAGCUGGAGCUGCUGAGGGCGCUGGUGCUGAGCCUACUGCUGUUGGUCCUGCCGCUGGAGGUGUGGGUGGCGCUGGUGCUGUCGCUGAGGGUGCUGGUGCUGUCCCUGCUGCGUCUGGAGCUGACGCGCGGCCUCGGCCGUACUUCGUUCCGCUCCUGCAGCAGGUUCUUGGUCUUUCUCCUCCAGUAGAGGGUCCACCGCCUGUCCAGUCGCAGUCCCUGCUGGAGCCUUCCUCUCCACUGCCUGCUCCCUCUCCUUACACUGGUCCUACUGGAGGUCUUGCUGAGCGUCGUGAGCCUGCGUCUCGUCCCGCGUCGCCUGUUCGCACUGCUCGCGCUAGUGGUCGCAGUUCGCGUCAGCGUCCUCCUCCUGUCCCUGGCACGCACCGGAUGUCUUUGCGUCCGUCCACUGCUCCUCUGCGUGCCCCUUUGCCUUCUCCUCCUGAGUCCUCUCUUCCUGCGCUUGCCGACCCUGAGUCGGACUCUCUUCGUGCUGCCAGUCCUACUGUCACGCGUCUGCUUGCUACUGUCGUCACUGACCCCUCUUUUGAGUCCACUGCUGCGUCUGCUCUAGUCGCUGAGCUCGUCGACUUUGCUGCUCGCUGUCGUCUCGACUACGCUGCUAGUCUUGUUGCUGAGUCUGCGUCUGUCUGUCCUCCGUCCGUCGGGGGUGAGUGUGCUCUUGGCACGGACGUCCUAGAGGACAGGCAGGAGGAGUUACAGUGUCUAGCGGCUGCUUCACCUCAUCUCGCGUCUGUACUGCUUGCCCCUGAGGGAGACCCGGAUGCACUAGACAUCCCGACUCCGCGUUCUUACGCGGAGGCCGUAGAGGGUCCCUACUCCUCUCAGUGGCAGGCAGCUAUGGAUGCAGAGAUGGCUUCCUGGAAGUCCACAGGCACCUACGUUGACGCGGUUCCCCCUCCUGGGGCGAACAUCGUCAGUGGCAUGUGGAUCUUCAGGGUGAAGCGGCCGCCGGGCUCUCCACCUGUCUUCAAGGCACGGUACGUUGCUCGUGGCUUCAGUCAGCGGCAGGGAGUUGACUACUUUCAGACCUUCUCUCCCACCCCGAAGAUGACCACUCUUCGGGUGCUGCUGCACAUAGCCGCUCAGCGCGACUACGAGCUUCACUCUCUCGACUUCAGCACUGCGUUCUUGCAGGGUAGCCUGCACGAGGAGAUCUGGCUUCGCCGUCCACCUGGCUUCACUGGGACUUUCCCUCCUGGCACCCAGUGGAGCCUCCGAUGGCCAGUCUACGGUCUCCGUCAGGCACCGCGUGAGUGGCACGACACACUGAGGACUACGCUUGCGGCUCUUGGGUUUGCUCCUUCUACUGCUGACCCGUCGCUGUUUCUUCGCACCGACACUUCCCUGCCGCCGUUCUACAUCCUCGUGUACGUCGACGACUUGGUCUUUGCCACAGCGGACUCUGCUGGACUCGCCUACGUGAAGUCCGAGCUGCUGAAGAGACACACGUGCACAGACCUGGGUGAACUGCGCAGCUACCUUGGCUUGCAGAUCACUCGGGACAGAGCACGCCGCACCAUUACCUUGACUCAGUCACACAUGGUGCAGCAGGUCCUUCAGCGCUUCGGCUUCACGUACUCCUCGCCUCAGGCCACUCCUCUGCCUACUCGCCACUCACUCUCAGCUCUGCCUUCGGAUGAGUCCGUAGAGUCGAGUGGCCCGUAUGCAGAGCUUGUUGGCUGCCUCAUGUACCUGAUGACCUGCACACGACCUGACCUUGCAUACCCUCUGAGCAUUCUUGCUCGUUAUGUUGCUCCUGGGAGACACAGACCAGAGCACAUGGCUGCAGCGAAGAGGGUAUUGCGCUACUUGUGCAGUACGUCGGGCAUGGGGCUAGUGCUUGGAGGGCGGAGUCCAGUGGUCCUUACCGGCCACGCGGACGCUUCUUGGGCUGACGACCAGGCUACGCAGCGGUCGUCACAGGGUUACACCUUCAGCCUUGGUUCCGGCUCUGUCUCGUGGCGGUCUAGUCGCUCGUCUUCGGUUCUCGGCUCCAGUUGUGAGGCUGAGAUCUACGCCGGGGCCAUGGCUGCACAGGAGCUUCGCUGGCUCACCUACCUGCUGACUGACCUUGGAGAGCCGCCUCGUUCUCCUCCAGUGCUGUACGUAGACAACAAGGCCAUGCUGGCCUUGUGUCGAGAGCAGCGCUUGGAGCACAGAACGAAGCACAUUGCUCUCCGCUACUUCCUUGCUCGUGAGCUGCAGCAGCGUGGUCAGUUGCGACUUGCGUACGUGGCCUCUGAGGCCAACACUGCUGAUGUGUUCACCAAGGCACUCGCGCCUUGUGACCAUCAGCGCUUUUGCACCCAGCUGGGUCUUGUGCCUGUCUUGCCUCACUUGCUCUCCUCUUGA